GCCCCUCGCUGCCGCUUCCGCUGCCACUUCCGCUUCCGGGAGAGGCGACCGCAAUGGCGGUGCUGGCAUCCAACCCCAACAACCCGGUGGUCUUUUUCGAUGUUACUAUCGGCGGGCAGGAGGUCGGCCGCAUGAAGAUUGAGCUGUUUGCCGACGUUGUACCCAAAACGGCAGAGAACUUCAGGCAGUUUUGUACAGGUGAAUUCAGGAAAGAUGGUGUCCCUAUAGGUUAUAAAGGAAGCACUUUCCACAGGGUAAUAAAGGAUUUCAUGAUCCAAGGAGGUGACUUUGUAAACGGAGACGGCACUGGAGUAGCCAGUAUAUAUAGGGGUCCUUUUGCAGAUGAAAACUUCAAGCUGAAACACUCUGCUCCUGGGCUGCUCUCUAUGGCAAACAGUGGUCCAAGUACCAACGGCUGUCAGUUUUUCAUUACGUGCUCCAAAUGUGACUGGUUGGAUGGAAAACACGUUGUGUUUGGUAAAAUUGUUGAUGGGCUGUUGGUCAUGAGAAAAAUUGAAAAUGUGCCUACGGGUCCAAAUAACAAACCCAAGCUGCCAGUUGUGAUCUCUCAGUGUGGGGAAAUGUAAAGCAAUGAAACGGAAAUGUGGUAAAUAAGGCUGCCUGGCAGAGAGGUUCCUGUCAUCUUGGGAAUCUCCAGAACCUUUCUAUGUGCAGCCUUACUGAAGCACAAGAAAUUGGUAUGGCACAGACUUCCAUCGGCAUGAGUUUGCUGGGCUCUGAGGUGAGUUGUGUUGUAAAGAAAUGUUUGUAAAACCUCCCCUGGCACAUAACAGCACUAGGUCAUCAGGUUGUUACGUGCCAUGGGUGUUACAGGAAUUUACCAGAGUGCUACAAGGGUGUUGCAGCAGGGCUUUGGGCUAGGAAGCAGAGAAUGAUUAUGCUGUAGGAGGAGAAAUGGGGGCUCCUUAUCCUGCGUGGUUACAAAGAGUGCAGCUGAGGCUGCAGGUUGGUGGAAAAACUGACUUUUUUCUCCCAGAAGCAGGUUGCAAGCUCACCUACCUGCUGGGGGACAAGAAAGCACCCCUCAUGGGGGCUGGGCUACAGUGUGAGUUUUCUCAUCCAGCAGAUUAAAUGUAAAGGAGUUGGGACAAAGUCUGUUCUGUCACGUGCAGGCAUUUCAUCCCAUCCAGAUACGUCCCAUCACUCCUUGGGCAGCAGGAGUGUAUUGGGUGGGGCUGUCUCUGGGAGGUGCAGUCCGUGCACUUGGCUUUUGUGUUAACCAGUGCUAGAUACCAAGCACUGACGUAUUGGAGGACAGAUCCUGCAGGCGUGCUUUGGUGUGCUUUUUUAUCUCGUGGCUGUUUAAAGUCCUUGAAGAAGGCUCUGGCUGUCAUGAUUUCCAGGUCUUCAUUCCUGGGAUUGCACAGCUGCUGAGGACACUCGUGCUCACUUCUCUCCAGCCCGAGGCAUCUCACUUUCUUGUACCUGCAGAAUGUCAGGUGAUGAAAGAAACACAAAGGACACCGUCCCUUUCCUCUCCAGCCCCAAAAAAGACUUUGCAGAGGGCUUUCUCCUGUGAGAUGAGGGUUGAAAAUUCCCAAUAGGGAGGAGAAAACCGGAGCUGGGUGACAGCUGUGAGAUAAAGGCGACCAAAAAGAAACUCAGCUGCUGGUCCUGCUCAGGGAAUGUGUCCAGAUGGCCCUUCCCUACGGGGUUUAGGCAGGAACUUAGCUCCAGGCGGCUCAGGGGAGCUGUGGCUGCCAGCUGCAGUGCUGAGGUUUGCAGUUCUGGCUGUGGGUACCCAAAUUCACCAUAGUUUUUCACCAGGGAAACCAGCUUAUUUCUGGGUCCAGGCUCAGCAGCACUUUCUUGGCCUGAUCUAUUUAUGUCAGUGCAAUCAGCUAGUCUGACUUCCCGCGUAGCAGGGGUCACAGAGCUUCCCCAAAUUAAUUAACAGCAGCAAAUCCAUUACAACCUCUUUGAAAGUUGUUCCAAUGGCUAACUAUAACCUGUUACGUUUCUCUUUGAUGCUGACAGAGUUCCAGCUUAUGUAUCUUGCUGUUCCUUAUCUGCAGGCUGAAAGUUUUCUCAAACACCACAUUUUUGGGUUUAAUUCCCACAUGAUGAAGUCCCCUUUCAGUUAUGUUGUAUGUAGCAAGUCCUGGAAUCUCCUGCUGUAGAGCAGAUGAUGGAUCUUCUCUCUCUCUGAGCUCCAGUGUCUUCCUCCAACUGUGGAUGCUGCAACUGAAGACAGUGUUUCUGAUUGCCUUUUGAUUCAUCUGAGGAUCAG